AAAAUCACGUUUUUUAUUAAACCUACGUGGAAUAUUUUUAUAAAAAAAUAAAAUGGUAUCUCUUCUUUUACUUCUGUUGCUGUUAUGUAAAGACAAUUACCAAUCAUUUACAUCGUUUAUGGCUAACCAUACAAAUCUCGACUUUAAGCUCGUGGCGUUUUUGAAAAGCUUGCCAAAAGAAUACAAAAUUUCAUUUGAAUUGCAGCCAACUGCAUAUAAAAAUAAUUUGACAAAAGUUAUUCAUUUUACAAAUGGAACAAUAAAUUAUUUAGUAGAAAAAAAUCCUGGAGUAGGUUUCACUUCUAAAAAUCAAUUGUACUUUAGAUUUGUACUAAAUGGCACAACAGCAAAUUUCACUUCAUUGACAACAAUUCCACUAAACGUUUGGACAAAAAUUACAAUAUCACAAAUUAUUUUUCAGCAACAAUAUAUUUUUACAAUUAAUAUAUCUGACAUCAAUGUUUAUAGAGCACAUAACGCAUUUCCGCAAGAGUUUUUUGGUGUAAAAGUAUACUUAGGUGAUCCGUUAAUUACCAAACUACAACCAGGAACUUUAAGAAAUUUGGUUAUCGAAAACACGUGUGAAGAAUCUUUUACUAUUGUCAAUGAUACUCCAUUAAAAAGAUUCCAGCUUGUUACAAAUUUAACCACUGUACCAAAAGAAUAUCAUUUGUCAUUUGACCUGCUGCUAACUUCAUUUAUCAAUAAAUACACUAGUAUUUUACAUUUAACUAUUGGUGGAGAUGCAAGUACAUAUGGAGACAGAAACCCAGGAUUAUGGAUUUCAUAUUAUAACAGUUUGUACUUUAGCUCAUCAAUAAAUGGCUACGUUGACUUUGUUUUUGAUUAUUUAAGUUUGCCUUUGAUAAAUAACUGGAUGAGUAUUGCGAUAUCACAACUCAGUAUUGAACAAAAGUAUAUAUAUACAAUUGAACUAGCAGGGAAUCAAAUUUAUACCAUUGAAAAUGAAAUCCCAAUGAUAUUUAAUCGAGUAAAUGUAUACUUAGGCGAUCCAUGGUAUGAUGCUCAACCUGGAUUUGUUAGAAACUUGAUAAUAAAAAAUACGUGCCCCGAAAGAUGUCAAAACUGCAAACCCUUAAUAAAAGUAGAAUACGAUGGUUUUCUUAUAAACAGAACUAUCUUAAAAUUGAUCACUUUGAUUAAUUAUAUCUAUGAACCUGGAGAAGUUGCUUACAAUGUAUCGUGGCAGUAUACUUUACCCCCAUUUGCAAAAACAGUUAUUGACAGUGAAGCAAGAAACAUAAUCAAAAGUGACUCCAUAUAUAUGGUAUCAGGUGCUUUUAUGUCAACUGGUGUUCUUCACAAUAUUAAUCUAACUUUAGAUAUGACGAGCUCAAUAAGUGGAGACUUUUUUUUAGAUAUACCCUUAAGAUAUUCAUUUGAAAAUAGUGCGGGAUAUUCAUGGAGUUACUACAAAACAAUCGCUAAAUUUAUAUCUUUUUCUUUUACCAUAAAACCAAUAAUAGCAAGAGAUAAAGGCGCUCUCCAAGAGAGUUAUGGGCGAGGGGCAUGCUUCGAUGAAUUGGAAUCUCUUGUUUACGUUUGUAUGAAUCUAUACGUCACGAGUUCAAAAGUAUCUUGCUUCUAUUCAAAAACCAACGGCGCCACGUGGUCAGAUUUAGAUUUGAGAGUAGGUUCUGUUCUUGGCUAUCAUAACGUAACACGAGAUUUAUAUGCAGUUCACCGAAAUCAAAAAACUUACUUAUUAUAUCAUAAUGUAUAUAAGAAGUGGCUAGCAACAACAAAUGACAGUUUUAAAAAAGAAAUAUCUGAUAAAAUAAACCAAAAUGCAUGCAAAACGUUAGAGGGUAGUACCGAAAAAAUAUAUACAUUUUUUAAUUACCAAUGGAUGGGAAAUCAAGAAGGAUUCUUUUUUCGAAAAUAUAGCAACGAAUCUUGGAUUCAACGGAUUAAAUGGAAUAACGGAAAACUUAAUUGGUAAAUCAAAGAAGCAACAAAAUCUGUGUUUUAUAAAAAAAGUUAAAAAAGUAAAAUAAAAAAAAUCACUGUGCAUAUGGUUUAUUA